CUCCUAUUGGCCGACGGACUCUUUACCUGUGACUGUUUCAUUGUGAGAAAACUCAGUCUGAAUCUACUGGGAACAGGUCGCCAUGACGUCCGUCCAGGAUCUGAUCAGGAAGAAAAGAGAUGGAGAAGCGCUGGCGAAUGAAGAAAUUAAAACAAUUUAUUGACGCUGUUACAACAAACGAUUCAGGGACUGUCAGACAGGCGCCAUGCUGAUGGCCAAUCUGCAAGGAAUGGUCCCCGAAGAGGUCGAGACGCUGACCCGCGAGAUGAUGUCAUCGGGGGAAGUGAUGUCAUGGCCGAAGGAGUGGGCGGGGCUUGUGGUGGACAAACAAUCAACAGGAGGCGUCGGAGAUAAAGUCAGUUUGGUGUUAGCGCCCGCGCUAGCUGCCUGCGGCUGUAAGGUGCCGAUGAUCAGUGGGCGGGGCUUAGCUCACACAGGAGGAACUCUGGAUAAACUGGAGUCAAUUCCUGGAUUCAACAUCCACCAAUCAGCUGCUCAGAUCCUGGAGAUCCUGGGCUCGGUGGGCUGUUGCAUUGUGGGUCAGACGGAGAGUUUGGUCCCUGCAGAUCGAGUCCUGUACGACCUGAGAGACGCCACCAGCACCGUCAACAGCCUGCCUCUCAUCACUGCCUCGAUCGUCUCAAAGAAAGGAGCCGAGUCUCUGUCGGCGCUGGUUCUGGACGUGAAGUUUGGACGAGCCGCUCUGUACAAAGACUUGGACAGCGCUAGAGAGCUAGCUCAGUCACUAGUGAGUAUUGGAACUUGCUGGGGCAUAGCGCACGCGGCGGCGCUCAGCUGUAUGGACGCUGUGAUUGGUCGAUGUGUGGGCAACAGUCUGGAAGUGAUGGAGUCUCUGGAGACGCUGAAGGGGCGAGGACCUGAAGACCUGAUGGAGCUCGUCACAACUCUGGGUAACCACCUCCUCCAGAUGACUGGCUCUGUGUCCGACCUAUCAGAGGGCAGGAGGAAGAUUUCUGACGCUGUGAUUGGUGGAGCUGCUCUCUCAAAGUUCCAGGCCAUGAUGGAGGCUCAGGGAGUAGCCAAUGAGACGGCUCGGUCUCUAUGCUCCGCCCACUCAGAUUACUACAGCGUCCUGAGGAAAGCUGAGCAUCAGAUGGAGCUGAAGAUGCCGACAGACGGAGAGGUUUUGGACGUCGAUGGUUUGGCGUUAGCUGAAGUUCUCCAUAAAUUGGGGGCGGGACGAUCGAGUGGGAAACCUGUCAAUCACAGCGUGGGGGCGGCUCUGGUGUCACUGGGUCAAAGAGUCAGCAAAGGCGCCUCCUGGCUGCGGCUGCAUUUCGAGACUCCGCGUCCGACUGCAGAUCAGAUCGAUCGCCUGCAGGGGGCGCUGACUGUCGGAUCAAACACACACACUCAUACACACACUUUAGUGAGGGAACUGCUGCCGCCUCAGUGACGCAAUGUUUAAUACUUAAACACAACUGCAGAUCAUGUGACUGUCAUGUGCGCGUUCGUGUGUGUUGGAGGGGCUCUGUUUUCAUUUUCAAAUUCUAGCGAUCUCGAGCUGGUUUCUCCCAAAAUGACCCCACCUUUAAAGUACACAUGUUUCCUAUGUAUACUACAAUAUUAAAUAAAUGAAGUAAAAAGAAGAGCCUCUGAAAGUAAAUAAACGUAUUGUUUUAUUUUCUCAAACAUGUGUUGGUAGCUAGUUAGCUUUAGCAUUACAGAAUUAAACAAAAGUGUUAUACUAAAUUAUUAUUUCUUUCUAACGCAAUCACAUUAUUAUAUAUUGUAAAAAACAACACAAAAGUUAUCAAUAAAUAUUGUUUAAAACCAACAACGUGUUUGUCUCUCUUAAUACCGUCCCACUUCCUGUUUGGUUAGCUCAUCGGUGCCUACUGAAGUCGUCUGGCUUUAACUAUGACAUUUUUUCACUUUUUUCGACAUACUAUAUGAUAUUAUGACUUGACCUGGAGCGCUUCGUAGGAUUUGUACUUCCAAAUUGACCUGUAUGUAAACACCUUUCAUUUUAAUUCGUACGUUACUUAUAAAGCUUUCUUUCUCUGA